AUGAGGUCUUCAUGCACCCGUGGUGUUAAAGUUGCUGUCACUGCAACAAUGGGUGUAUCUCGGGGAAGAAAUGCUCGAACAAUUCCCAAUGAGCUGUAUUUUUUCCGAAAGGAGUCUCCCCAAUGCGACACACAGUGUGCUUCAUCGACAAAAACGGACAAGCAGCGGGAACCAAAUUCAGGUUUUCGGAGGACACCAUCUAUGAAAUGUCGAAAGACUGCCUGCAAGGUCGCCGCAACUGGCCUUUUUGUCUCAUGUUAUGAUAACAUAAACAUGAUGAUACACGUGGCGGAACAGAUACUAGGUUGGAAAAAUGCCCAGGAGAAUGGAACUUGUGCAACCAUUAUACCUCUCCACAAUGCGACACUUGAGGGCCUCUCUACGGAACGUCUUGAUGAAGCUAUCAUGACUGCCCCGCCAUUGAUGCUCGAGGAUUUGGAGCUCAAUGAAGCAGAAUCAGAACUUAUGAAUUGCGCCCUCGUACACACGAUCCUAUCAGUUAUCGUGAGGUAUGGUGGCGAGGGCUUUGAACAGUGGAAAGCUGACCUUGACAAAUCUUGCCCACAAAGCGCCGAAACGAUUGGCGUACACCAAACCUCACUGCAUCCCUUACCAGCCAUGGAAAUUGACGAGAACACAAUCACAGGAAAUGUGGAGGUCAUAGACACAAUUUUUACCGAGCUUCAUCUUGACCAGGGGCAUGAAGAUUUCACGAAGUUCGUCAAGAUCAUCGCUGGCGAUCAGUUGACUAUUGUGAGACAGCGAUCAAUUCUGAAUGUACGUGUGGGUCAUGAGAGCGGAGCUGAUGCAUGGAAACAUAUCGUACUCAUGCCUGGGUUGUUUCAUGCAAAGAUUGCCGAUUGUCAUGGCCUCCUUCAAGUUCACUUUGGAAAAUCAUCAACUCGCAGUCCAGGAAGCCUUGCAUUUCACAACACUUGCCUCGACCGGAUCCCAAUUGUCCUGACUUCCCUCCCAUCAUUUCAUGUCUGUCGUGAUUUGAGUAUGGUGUCCCUCUAUGCCCGCAUCCUCCAUUGUCUCCUGCUAGUCUCUGGAACAAGCACCCUAGAAGAAUACAUCAGCAAGAAGCCGACGUGGGAAGCAAUGAGUAUCCACGCACGCAAAAUUCUGGAGACAUACGCGAAUGCUGAUCGAGUCCAAGAGCUUCGAGAACCGAGAAUUGUCGAGGAACGCAAACGAGAUGCAGAAAAGAAAGCAGAGAAAAAGAGCGACAUUCCACCCAAAAGUGAAGCAACAGCGCAGUCAAAGAAACCCCAAGAAGUUCCCCUUCCACACAUUCCGAAAGGCGACAUGGUGUUUGAGAACGCAAGUUUGUUUAUGCGUGAUGCUCUCCUCACACGACUCUUUUCGGACGCAAUCAAAUCUGGCGACUCAGGCCUUAUUAUCUUGGUGCUCAAGCUUUGGUCCUUUGCAUACUGGGGAAGCGGACGGCUAAAAUAUGCACACGAAAUGCUGCACCUCCUUCACAAUCUCGUCAAUGUUUGGACAUCUCAACUUCGAAAAAUCAUAGUUCAGAACUGGUUACUUAACCCUACAGGAAAGGCUAAUGCCUUUGUUGAGAUUGACCUUGUGCAGGAACAUCUCAACUUCUGGAUUAAGAAAGUAUACAAGGCCAACGGUGACGGUCAUUCAUGGGAGUGGCUUUCUCUCGUUUCUCUGUGUAUUGAUGUCUUGUGGCGACUUGCGAAGAAGAUUCACGGUGAAUUAGGUUCUCAGCUGGGAUCAAAGCACACAAUUCCCGACCUACAUAAGGACAUUCAAACCCUGAUGGAUGCUCUGAAUGAGCACGAAGUCUACGUUGUGAAAGAAGGCAGGGUUUUGGAUGCAAACGAUACCCCCAUGCCCAAUGUCAUCUCAACUGGGUUAGCGGCACUUGCUCAUGGGAACGCAACCAACCCACUGGCUGAAUUCAAUGCUCAGUACGACAGCCUUCGCGAGCGCCGUAAACUCGUGCCUAUUUCCGAUCUAUGCCCAAUAUCUGCCAACAUGCGUCACCCUGAAUCCUCGACAGCUGUCCCCAUCCCUGUGAUCACUGAACAAAUACCAGCCAACGAAACAGGUUUGGAAGACGAAUAUGAAGGCUUACCCAAGUUGGCAAUAACUUCAGACUCAGAGGAUGAGGAAGAUCGCGAAGAUCCUUAUGAUGAGGAUUUGUUUGCUGAUUCACCAACCCUUAGGCGACUAGAGGAAGAGGAUGUGGCGUUAGAGAUGGAUGAUUUGGUGUUGGAUGACCCUGGGAUGGAUUGGGAUAGUGACGAGCAAGGAGACAGUGAUGAGGACUUGGACUGA